AUGACGCACAAAGAGAGUUCUGCUCGACGAGACCCUGGGGAUGUACAGGCCUGGUUGAUUGGCGGCGGCAUCGCGUCGCUAGCUGCCGCCGUUCACUUGAUCAACGAUGCCAAGGUUCCCGGAGAACAUAUCCAUCUACUUGACGAGCAUAAACACGCUGGCGGAGGGAUGCAAAGCUUCGGUGAUGCAGAAAAUGGCUACGUGCUGCGUACUCCCUGUCUUCCAUACUUCCAUGAUAUCUGUGUCCAGGACCUUCUAUCUUAUGUUCCUAGUCCUGGGGACCCUAAUCAGUCCAUCAUGGAUGUAGUGCGAGCGUCUGAGAGCGGGGAAGGGGAGAAGCCUACUGCAUCAUCUCGGCUAGUAGAACAGCGUUCGACGGGCCUCGAGAAAGUCGAUGAUCGACAGUUUCAUUUGGGUAUUAAACACCGAUGGGAUCUCAUCAAGCUCAUGGUUGAAGGCGAAAAAGCGGUUGCCGACAAGGCUAUCAAAGACCUUUUUGAUGAGUCGUUCUUUAACUCCCAUUUCUGGACGCUGUGGUCUACAACCUUUGCCAUGCGACCCGAACAUGGAGCGGUCGAGUUCCAGAGACACAUGCGCAAGUACCUUGAAAAGAUCAAAGACAUCAAUAAUGUCAGUGCAUUGGACCGCACUCAGUAUACGCUCCAUGAUUCCGUCAUCCUCCCUAUAAUUGCGUAUCUGGAGAAGGAAGGCGUCGACUUCCGGUUCAACGCUAAAGUAACUGAUCUCGUCAUGUACCCGGAGGGCGACCCAACGACAAUCUCUGAAAUCAAACUCGUCCACGAUGAUAACAGCCCCUCGCUCGUGAUUAUUGACCCCAUGGACAUUGUUAUUGUUACUCUUGGCUCUGUCAGUUCGGGAUCUGCGGUCGGAUCCAACAAUGCACCACCCAAAUGGGAGGCAUGGGAUGCUCUAGAGGAUACAAUCAUGGAAGACUGGUCCUUAUGGAACAAGGUCUCUGGAAUGGCUACCAGGAAAUUCGGGAAUCCCGUGCCCUUCCGUUCUCAUAUCAAAGAGUCCAAGGUCGUAACAUUCACCAUCACCUUGAAGGAUUCUACAUUCCUCGAAGACUACCAAAGGAUGACGCACAACGAACCCGGCUCAGCGGCCUUGGUAUCCUUUGUUAAAAGCAACUGGAACUUAAGUCUCAGCGUACCAUCUCAGCCCCUCUUCGCCAACCAACCGGCCAACGUUCACGUUGUCUGGGGAUAUGGCAAUGACCCCGAGAAGCCCGGCAAUUUCGUGCACAAGCCGAUGCAGGAUUGCAGCGGGAAGGAGAUACUAUUAGAAGUGCUUGGCCACCUGGGUAUCGAUCAGGAAAGAAUUCUCCCUAGUGCUAACACUAUCCCCUACAUCAUCCCAUUGGCCACGGCAUCGUUGCUGAAACGGUCUCACUUUGACCGUCCCGAGGUAGUUCCCCAUAAUGCGACCAAUAUGGCGUUCGUGGGUCAGUUUGUGGAGAUCCCGCACGAUACGACUUUUAGUAUGGAAUAUAGUGUGCGUAGCGCUCAGAUGGCGGUAUAUAAUUUGAUGGGACUUUCGAAGCGUCCUCCGCCGGUUAAGACGAACGUGUUGCUGGAGGUGUUUGGAUUGCUGGCUUGA